AUGGACGUAAGCACAUUGUUUCGAGCUAGCGUAAAGAGCGUAAGCAUACGUCAAAAGGCGUUGGACGAUGACAAGUCAAAAUUAUUUCCUAGGAAACUACGUCAUGAGUCAAAUUUCUACAAAAAAUCUCUAGCAGUCACCACCCAAAUAACGAGAUUGAAAGAAUUUUUAUUAGAAAAUAGGUCUGCAUAUUUAAAUUUCUCCGGACAUUUGAUCAGCCAGCCGAGAAUGAGCGACGCUGAACGCGAUAAGAUUGACAAUGGAGCCCAGGAGAUUAUCAGCAAGUGCUCGCAGUUGAUAAAAGAACUGAAGCGAGAAGCUGCUGACACAGAUGUAUCUCAACAGCAUCACGAGCAUCAAGAAAUAAUGCUGUUUUUAAUUGACGAGUAUUUAAAAAAUGUAUGCAAAAUUUAUUCUGAGCAAAAAGCUAUCCGGGUUAAAAAAAUCCUCGAGCUGAAAAAUUUGUCCAAGUUGGAGCUCAAUAUUAAAUCGAUUGAAGAAAAUUCUUAUAAGCCUCCUUUGAAUUCUGUUGAAGAAAAAAAAAACUCGUCGACUAGCUCGAGUCCCCUGAAGGUCCAGGAGAUGAACGGAGACGUCAACUCUCUGGCAUACGAAGAACAAUUAUCAACGGAGGAUGUCCAGAUGUUUGAAGCUGAGAAUGAACAGCUGUACAAUGAAUUAAAUACUAUCACUGAAGAAGUCAAGCAGAUUGAAAGCAAAGUCGUUCAUAUUGCCGAGCUCCAGGAAGUUUUCACCGAAAAAGUCCUGGCACAGGAUCACGAUCUAGAGAAAUUGGUCACUACUGUUGUCGGCUCCACGGAGAAUGUCAAGGAAGCGAAUGAGCAAAUUCGUCAAGCUAUUCAACGCAAUGCUGGACUUCGAGUUUGGCUGCUCUUUUUCCUGCUGGUCAUGUCCUUUUCCCUUCUGUUCCUCGAUUGGUACAAUCCUUAA